CCAGGGAAGCCCCCGAAAGCAGAUGUUUUGUGUUACAAGACAGUCAUCCACAAGGGAGCUACAUCAAACAUCGCAGGACAAAGUGUCACCUGUCAGAGUAUAUUUCUGAUGACUGAGAGCCUUUGAAACUCAGGUCUGUGUGCUUCAUUCCAGAGAGCCCAGCAAUAUGCCCAGCAAGUCCUGCAGAAGGAAUGCCGGCCCCAGUUUGCCAAGAGGUCGAUGGUGCAGCUCUUCAGGCGCAGGUACAGCUCGGACCUGCCACCUUUCGUGACGAAGGCCCCCGCAGGGAGCGAGUCCAAGUACAAGUACGACCCUCCUUUCGGAUUCCGCAAGUUCUCUGAGAAAGUCCAGACCCUCUUGGAACUCUUGCCCGAGCAUGACUUUCCUGCACACUUGAAAGCCAAGAGCUGCAGGCGUUGUGUGGUCAUUGGAAGUGGUGGAAUCCUCCACGGACUAGAGCUGGGCCAGGCCCUGAACCAGUUCGAUGUUGUGAUAAGGUUAAACAGUGCACCGGUUGAAGGAUAUUCAGAGCAUGUUGGAAAUAAAACUACUAUAAGGAUGACUUAUCCAGAGGGUGCACCACUGUCUGACCUUGAAUAUUAUUCCAAUGACUUGUUUGUUGCUGUUUUAUUUAAGAGUGUUGACUUCAACUGGCUUCAGGCGAUGGUCAAAAAUGAAACCCUGCCGUUUUGGGUGCGACUCUUCUUUUGGAAGCAAGUGGCGGAAAAAAUCCCGCUACAGCCAAAGCAGUUCAGGAUUUUGAAUCCAGUUAUUAUCAAAGAGACUGCCUUUGACAUCCUUCAAUACUCAGAGCCUCAGUCAAGGUUCUGGGGCCGAGAUAAGAACGUCCCCACGAUUGGUGUCAUUGCCGUUGUCUUAGCCACGCAUCUGUGCGAUGAAGUCAGUUUGGCGGGCUUUGGCUAUGACCUCAGCCAACCCAGAACACCUCUGCACUACUUUGACAGUCUCUGUAUGGCUGCCAUGAACUUUCAGACCAUGCACAAUGUGACGACAGAGACCGGGUUCCUCCUGAAGCUGGUCAGAGAGGGCGUGGUGAAGGAUCUCAGCGGAGGCAUCCAUUGUGAAUUUUGAACCCAGAAAACCUCACUUGAAAAUGCAGUUCUGACCCGGAGGGCUGUUUUUCACAGCCUUCUUGAUGCGUCCUGCAAGAACUUUGAAGUGCAUCUGGUGUUUUUUAACUUUUAAUUUAAAAAACAAAAACAAUACAGAAAGUUCCGCUCUUCCCACUUUUUUUCCUCUAUUUAUUUGAAGCCAGUGAUUUUGCACAAAAUUUUGUAAGUUAAUUUUGAGAAUGGGAAAGACUUUCCAAAGAGAAUUGUAUGUAAUGAUGUUUUAUUGUAUUUUAAGGAAGUUAUUUAAUUUGUAAAAACUCUGUUCGUGUCUACUGCACAUAGAAUCCCAGGUCAUUAAGUGGAAAAAGGGAGGCGACUCCUUUGAUGACAGCCCUGAAUGCCUGAUUCUGGUUCUCUGUGAGUCUUUUUGGUGGGACAGAUGUCAGAAACACUUCCAGGGUGACACGUGCUGGGUAGCUAAACCACUGGGACUGGUUGGGCCGUGCUGCUGCAUGAGGCCUGGGCCGGUCGGAGAACUUCACAGUCCCUAUCCAUUGAUCAGCCUUCUGCAGGAAGACUUGUAGGAAUCGAGCAGGGGAGCUGUCCUGCAGGUCCCAGGUCAAGGAGGGACACAGAGACAUUUUCUGUGUCCCCCGAGUACCGCAAAGCUGCCCCAGGCGGUAGAAGCCACGGUCUUCCCCGCAGUUACGACAACUCUUGGAUUUCUUGAGAGUUUUUAACUGCCUUCCAAACACUUAAAAGUUAAUUCAGAUUAUUCCACUGUCUGUCUGAGGUGGCUUAUAAAAAUUAGGACAAAACCUCUCUUCUCCAGAGUCGUAGAGGAAUAAACUCUUUCCAGGAAUAAUCAUGUUUUUUGAAACACUGAAAUGAAGUCCUCCCAGUGUUAUAAAUUGCCUAUUUAAGAAAAAACGUGUUUUUUUUUUUUUUUGAAUGCCUCCUUGGCAGUGUGUACCAGGCAGUGUGCUGGUCAAAAAAAAAAAAGAAUAAAAGCUUUUGAGGAGCUCUUACAGUUAGUUAAUUUGAGUGCUUUUUUUUUUUUUUUUUUUUUUUUUCCACCCAGAAGAUAAGUUUACAAGUCUAGCUAAAAUGUCCUUCUUGGAGGCCACCGCUAGGCAGGACCUCACUGCAGAUGCCUGUGAGGAGGGCUGGGGGAGGAAGGGGUCUCCCCCGCUGGCUGCUGCCGCCGCCCCUCCCCCAAUUCUAUUUCUCCCACCGCCCCGGUGCAGCGCUGACUCCCAGGCCAGGCCGAUGGCUUCCACAUCUGCCAGCUCCCCGGCAUGUGCGGGGCAAGGAGCCAGGUCAUAGCUCUGAAUGAGUCCCUUGGAUCUCCAGGGUUCUGGGGUCAAGCUCAGAGCAGCCUGCGUAACAAAAUAGGAUUUCUCUGGUUUUAUGCCCUGUCUUAAAAUUUUCUAUGGAUUUUGCUUUCUACUCUGUAAGACACUGUUUAGGAAAAAAAUGCUUUAAAAUUCCUACCUGUUAAAUGAUGAGACUUAGCUCUGAAUAUUGAGACUCAGGAAAAUGGUCCGCAGCUGUCCUAUGUUGCAGGUGAGGCCAGGCCUGCACCACACACCUCCACCCCCAUCACGCUUUCAACUUAGUGCAGCCUUAUAGGCACACAUGCUCUUACGUGGAUGUAAUCAUUGGUUUUGAGGCAACUUAGGAUGACUUCCACAUGUUCUGUACUUUAACAUACUUCUCACUAGAACUUUGAGCCACAGAAAAUUUCAGUGAGUUUUAGUUUUUUGUUUCUUCCUACAGAGAGCUUAUUCUCUCCAGAAACCUAGGCUGGCCGUAGAAACAUUUUUGGGGGACCAGGAUGAGUAUCUCCUGAUGACGUGUGUCAUGUUUCUAGGCAAAGAUAAAUUGGGAUCUUCUGAACAACUUCAUUUUUCUAGGUGUUACCGUGCCUUCUUCACUGAUACUUUUGUGUCACGAUGUUGUUGUUGUUUUUAAAUUUCCCAACAAUGUACUAAUAAGGCAUUGGCCAUGUCUAUUCUCACAGAUUUGGGGACGGGGGCGGGUCUCAUCAUCUGUGGACCCAUUCGUUAAAAUAAGUUGUCAAGCCCACUUUUUGGACUGUUCCUGUUGAACUAUGACCUCUUGACCGGCAACGGUCAAUCUGGUUUGUGUGCAGACAUGGGCUGAUUGUAAAAGAAAACAAGCAGUAGUCACACCCUAGUCUCCCCAGGGUAUUAAAGAUUUCUGAAACCAAGGACCUCUUUAUUUUAACUACAUUCUAACUCCAGUGCUUUGGGACUUGAUAUCAAAGGGAUUGUUACAUUUGCCUUAUUUCUGUCUUAGGAGAAGCUUUCAGACCAGCAUCAUAGGAAGAUUUUGAAAUGGGAUCUAUUCUCCUUGGCAGGUUUACAGCAUCCAAGUGUGGGUUAUUUUUUCUUCCUCUCUUUGGUGCACUUCAGUCAAGUCCAUUGAGAAAGAAGGAAAGGACUAGUUCUGUGAUUUAGCAGAAUUCCCCUUAGAAUGAAGUGAGCUUUUAGAACGCUUGUGUAGCAAGCAGGAACUGUACAACACUGGGCCUGCCCUCCGUGCGUGCACGAGGUGACAAACUGCUUCCCUCAAACGAAGGACUCUGUGUUGCUGCCCGUGGGUCUGACACCGUCUUCCCAGACGCUGACCCUCCCUGAAGGCCACCCAGAUGACCACACCCUCAGCUCUCAGACUAAGGUGCAGACAACAGGGGAAAAGACCCAGUACAUAGCGCACGCCCUGCCCUUCGCUGGAGGGCCAGGCACCCUGGCUCAAGCUUGUCUUUUUCUCUUCUUUCCUACAUCCCAAUGCCAUUUUAGCCUGUUUUUGUGUUCACAGAACAAGGUGUUUAUGUGUAUUUACCUACAACCGACACAACGUAAAACUGAAGUAAAUUGAGGAGAACCAUUCAUUCAUACGCACAUUCAAAUUUUGACAAGAAAGUAGUGUCCCCCAAAAGGAAACCGCAGUCUUCGUAGUUGGACUUUCAUUACCCAAAUGAUUCGAUGUGACUAGUUCCCAAUAUUAAAUUCCAACCCAUUCUGCAGACAGGAAAAGUAGCCACUCAGCGGGGCUGUGGUGAAAUGAGAAUAAAUUACAUGCUGUGAAAUUUAGUCAUGACUUUUUUAAAAGCAGAUUUUUCCGAUGAGCUGUGUCAACAAGACAUGUCGGAAGAAUGACAGGUUUAUAAGUUGCCUUCUGUCUGGUAGAAGUGAGAUGUCAAGUUUUGCUCUGGUGUCAGGCAGCCAUCCAAGAUUGGGCAGAUGUAGCCAUUACAGCCUUUGUGUAGCUGGAAAUAUUAACAAAGUGAACUUUCAGAAAAUGUACAGUAAGAAACUGACUAUGGGGCUUCCCUGGUGGCGGAGUGGUUGAGAGUCCGCCAGCCGAUGCAGGGGACACGGGUUCGUGCCCCGG